AUGUCCCUCCUAAAAACAUUCACAAGGUCGGUGCAUCACAAGCUUCCUCCUGCAAAGUAUCCUAAAGUCAAGGCAGAAACUGUUGAGCUUAAUCCACCCAGAUAUGGUUUCCGCAGAGUAAGACCUCCCAUUUUGGCUCAAUCACCAACCACUACAUUAUUCCCAAACUCAGAAUUGGCGAAACUAUACGUCGAACAUGGAAAACCAAUACCUAACAGAUUCAUAAGUCAAACAGACUCGGAAAGGGCCCGUGCACAAUUUGAAAAGUUCCAAGAAGAUUUAGCCAUGGAUGAACCACAUUUUACUCAAGGUGAAAACAAAGUGUACUUGCCAGGUGGAAGGAUUUGUCUCUUGCGACCAAAUGCUAAGCAUACUCCGUAUCAAGCAAAGUUUUUGGUGCCCAAAUCAAUGAACAAAUUGGAUUUAAGGGACUACUUGUGGAAUAUCUAUGGGUUGAGAGCACUAAACAUAACGGUGCAAUUACAACCAGCUAAGUGGACAAGAAGUUUGAGUGAUUUGGCCAGAUACAGGGUACCCCAAUUGAAGAAAAUGACCAUUGAUAUGGCUGAACCAUUUAUUUGGCCUGAAGUUCCUCAAAAGAAGAUUGACGACUUCAAGUUGCAACAGACCAAUAGUGAAGAGAUUGUUAAACAUAACAUGGCCAGCGGUGCUGACAAAAAUAAGCCUUUAAAUGCUUAUGACGGUUUGUUUGAGGAGCCCAGUAAAGUUGAGAGGUUCAUCCCCAAGCUGGCGAGAAAGGGAAAGAAAUUUGACAGAUUACACCAAGCACGUAGUCAAGUGUCAAGUUACUUAGGAUUGUAA